AUGGCUGGAGAUACUCGUUGGAGUUCUCACUUGAGAUCAGUUUCUAGCUUGAUCAAAAUUUUUGGUCCAGCUUGUGAAGUUCUUCUGAAAAUAAUUGAUGUGGGAACUACUUCUUCCCAACGAGCAAAAGCAGAUUCAGUUUAUCAAGUAAUGACUUCAGUUGAAUUUGUCUUCAUCUUGCACCUCAUGAAAGAAACAAUGCAGAUCAUUGAUCAUCUAUAUCAAGAAUUGCAAUCAAAAUCUCAAAAUAUUUUAAAUGCCAUGAAUCUUGUUUCAUCCACUAAAGCAUCUAUCCAACAAUAUAGAGGUGAUAAAUGGGAUGAUUUACUUACCAAUGUGAAGUCAUUUUGUGAGAAACGCAAUAUAGAUGUCCCAGAUAUGAAUACUCGUUAUGUUGAGAGACGAGUGGAGUUGCUUAUUCUCGGCUCACCUCUUGAUCCUCGAGCCGCACGUGAAUCUUUCAGAAUUAAUGAUAUUUGUCAGUUGGUAAACAAGUUUUAUCCUCAAGACUUUAUUGAUUUUGAAAAGGAACAGUUGGAAAUAGAACUUAACCAUUAUAAGCAUAAUGUAGUUCAACAUUCGAGUUUUCAAGCACUGUCAAAUAUUUUUGGAUUGUGCCAAUGGUUGGUUAGUACCAGAAAAUCAACUAUCUACCAACUUGUUUUUCGAGUUAUUGUACUUGUGCUUACUCUUCCCGUUUCUACCGCAGCUACAGAACGAGCAUUUUCAGCCAUGAAUAUUGUCAAAAUUAGGAUUCGCAACAAAAUUGAAGAUGAGUUUCUAAUGAAUUCUCUAAUAGUGUACAUCGAAAGAGAAGUUGCUGCAACAAUUAGCAUAGAUUCAAUCAUAGAUGGUUUUCGGGAUUCAAAAACACAACGGGUUCCAUUUUAA